AUGCAGCUUUCCCUCUGCUUGUUUGUCUUGUCCUGGAGUGGUUGUCUGAAGCCAAGGGUAAAUAUAAAUUUCACCAUUGUUUGUCCCGCCUGUUUCGUGCCGCCUGUGUCCUCCCCCGGCCUACAGUGGGCGUCCAAGGCGAGUGUGAAGCAGAGGCAGGGCAGAGCUGGUCGCGUUCGCCCCGGGAGAUGCUUCCGCCUCUUCACUCGCUCGGUGUAUGAGGCCAUGGCGCCCAACUCUGUCCCUGAGAUGCAACGCGUCCCUCUGGAGGAAAUCUGCCUGCAGAUCAAACCCCUCCCUCUCGCAGCCGCCGUCACUGCCCACCACUCUUCCUCCUACCCCUCCUCCACCACCGCCCAUCGCAGCACCAACAUCGGUCUCUUUCUUGCAAAGGCCCUCUCUCCCCCGGACCCUUUUGCUGUUCGCCACGCCAUCGAGAAUCUCCAGAGGCUCGGCGCGCUGGAUGAAGAUGAAGAGCUCACAGCCCUUGGAUCGACCCUCAGCCGGCUCGCUGUGCACCCUCGGAUCGGCAAGAUGUUGGUGUAUGGGUCCCUGCUGCACUGCCUCUCUCCCCUCCUCUCCGUCGCUGCGGCUGCUUCCCUCUCUCGCGACCCGUUCCUCUCCCCCAUUACCAACCGCAACGCCGCCGACGCUGCGCGCCGAGCCUUCGCGACAGGCUCGGCGGCCGGGAGCGAUCAUCUAGCUGUGGUGAUGGCGCAUGAGGGGUGGAUGAGAGCAAACGCAGAGGGGCGGGCGAUGGGGUAUUGUGAUGAGAAUUUCUUAGCGCCGUCCGGGAUGCGGCUUAUGCUGGGGCUGAAAAUGCAGAUUGAGAGGAUGUUGUGGGGGGCUGGGCUGGCCCAAUUAGGAGAGUCUCUUGAUGCUGAUCUUCCGCCUAAGGCUCAGGCUCAGGCGCAGGGAGCUGGUGCAAGGGGGAUGGUGGGGCAGAGGAAGGAGACAGGGGUUGGAGGAGGACGAGGGGUGGAAGGGGGGUCUGGCAGUGGUGGUGGUGGUGAUGGUGGUGACGGUGCUGCUGGUGGUGUCGGUGGUGGGGUAUCUUCACUGAGUGAUGAGCGCAUGGACGAGCAGAUGGACGGCCGAGAUUACCCGCCGGGUCCCGACAGAGCCAAUGCUGCUGCAUCUGAACCGCACAUCGAUGAUACCGACGAGGCAUCGCUCUUCAUCGCUCGCUCAGUGCUGGUUGCGGGUCUGUCUCCCCAUGUAGCCCGCUCGGACAUGCUCCCGGAAGCCCGGGGCGGCGCCGGUUCCGGCAGCAGCAGCGGCGGGAAGCAGAAGGUCCGGCUGAGGUUCGGGUUCCGAACCUCCGAGGGUCGGGUGUGGAUCCACCCGACUGGGGUGAUCCCGCAGCAGGGCAAGGCGUUGGACGAUGGGGGAGUGCAUUUUCUGACGUUUAACGAGCGUGUGCAGACCUCUCAGGUGUUUAUUCGUGGCUGCACGCUCAUCCCUGCUCUCUCUAUUGUCCUCUUUGGAGGUCCUAUCCAGCUUGCCCCUGCCCCAUCUCCGUUUCUACCCCUGGGAGGGGCUUUUCCCUCUGGGAAUCCAUACGGUGCUGCUGCUGCUGGCGCCUAUGGGUUUGGGUCCUCCUCGCUGGCGUCUCAGCCGGUUCUGCUCGUUGUGGACCGUUGGAUCGAGUUUGUGGUGGAUCGGCAUGUGGGAGAGCUGCUGGUGCAGCUGCGGGCGGUGCUGGAUUCGAUUCUGGGGAGGUGGGUGGCGGGAGGGCCGCGGCCGGCCAAUGAGAGGCGAGUGGUGGGGUGUGCCGUAAGGCUGCUGGAGCAAGCAGGGAGAGCGGCUGUACGGGAGCUGGAAAAUGCUGAGAAAAACGCAGCUGAUACCGCUGGUGCUGGUGCUGGUGGCUUUGGUGGUGUUGCUGGUGGUGCUGGUGGUGCUGGUGGUUAUGGCGGUGUUGCUGGUGCUGGUGGUCCGGUUGAAUCUAAAAAGCAGCCUGUUGACGUGGAAUCCUUUAGCAAGGAUGGCAAGGACUCUUCUGCCGAUCUCAAGGCCAAGGUCACCUGGACUUGCCGUGAUUGCGACCGCAGCUGUCUGCCAGUUCGAGACGAAUCCCAAUGUAUCUGCGGUCACAGGCUUCGAGAGCAUCGUCUUGAACCGCCUACUACUCAACAAAGCUCUUCUGAAACAAUAGCUGCGGAAAAUUUGACCGACUCACGGCUGUCUGAGAACCCGGAAUUGCAAGAUUCGGACUCCCUGGCAGGACCGCCCAGCGAUUCGCAUUCAGGCUCCUCUUCCUCCUCGUCGCCUUCGUCGCAUUGUGGUGAAUUUCAGCUGGUCUGCGGACGAGCCAAAUGUGCGUGCGAGAGUUUCUUCUUUAUUCCUGCUCAAGGCGUCUGGAUCCUUCGUUGCAGAUGCAAGCAUAAGCAUGUGGAACACGAGCCGACAUCGCACAAAUGCAUCCGACCAAAAUGCUCAUGCGACAAGUUCGAUAGCCCAUGGGUGUGCAACUGCAAUCACCCAUGGGGUCAUCACACACAGCAGACCAAUGUGCUGACAAGACAGCAGCUCCUCAAGCAAAGGAUGGAAGACAUUGCAUCUCCAGCGCCAGAGGUUAACAAUGUGGCAGCAUUGAUGCGAGGCCUCCAGGCAUGA